AUCUUCUUGCAUACUUGUUAAUGAUUAGUUAUGUAAAAGUAAUUCGACUCAUAGUAGUAUUACUGAUAAGGAUUUCUAUCAUACCCUUAAAUUAUUGAAAAUUAAGCUAGUUGCCAUGUUGAAGAAAAAUACUCCUUUUUUUUGGGGUAAGAAAAACUCCUCUUUUGAAGUGGAGGAAGAUGUUCAUAAAUAGUAUGAGUUUUAACACAAGGACCACCAAAAAAAGAAAGACAUGAGAGUAUUUUGAAGACAAAAAAUACAAGUCCUAGCUAGAAUUGUGCCUCUGAAUUAAUAUCGAUCAGUGUUUCUUAAUUAUUGAUUACAACAACUAUUGAUUUGACUCUACCUUACUGAAGGAAAAAGACAAGUACAAAAAGAAGGUAAAUGGGAGGCACAAGAGAUGAGGAAUUUCAGCAUAAUGGUGGUGAUUCAAUUGCUAAUAAUAACAACUUUGUAGAUGAUGGGGAGUUUGAUGAUGAUGGCAAGCCCAAAAGAACUGGAACUGUAUGGACUGUAAGUGCACACAUUAUAACAGCAAUUAUUGGUUCCGGAGUUCUUUCACUAGCAUGGGCCACAGCGCAGCUUGGAUGGAUAGGAGGAACUGCAACCAUUGCUAUAUUUUCCGGCAUUACACUUUAUACUUCAAAUCUUCUUGCAGAUUGUUACAGAUCUCCUGAUCCUGUCACCGGGAAGCGAAAUUAUACGUACAUGGAUCAAGUCCAAGCUAAUCUAGGCAGAUUGAACUGCAUUGCUUGUGGGAUAGUGCAAUAUAUCAACUUAAGUGGAAUGGUAAUUGGUUACACAAUCACUGCAUCCAUAAGCAUGGUGGCGGUCCAUAAGUCCAAUUGCUACCACAAAAAUGGACAUACCGCCUCUAAUUGCGUAUAUAGCAAUAACCCUUAUAUGAUUGGUUUGGGAAUAUUUGAAAUAUUUUUGUCUCAAAUACCAAACUUUCAUGAGCUAACAUGGUUGUCAAAUGUUGCCGCCGUUAUGUCCUUUGGGUAUUCCUUAAUUGGUGUAUGCCUUGCACUUACCAAGAUCAUCUCAGGGCAACGAGGGAUAUCAACGUUAACAGGAGUUGAGGUGGGUAUAGAUGUAACAUCAGCUGAUAAAACAUAUAGGAUGUUCCGAGCUCUUGGAGACAUCGCAUUUGCUUAUACUUUCUCUCAAGUCCUUGUUGAUAUACAGGAUACACUGAAAUCACCACCACCAGAGAACGAGGUGAUGAAGAAGGCAAAUGUUAUAUCAAUAUGUACAACCACAACAUUCUACUUGAUGUGUGGUUGCUUAGGCUAUGCUGCAUUUGGGAAUGAUGCACCAGGGAACAUGUUAACUGGCUUCUACGAGCCUUUUUGGCUAGUAGACGUGGCCAACAUCUUCAUUGUCAUUCACUUAGCAGGUGCAUAUCAGGUGUUUGCUCAGCCUGUGUACAAAAAGUUCGAGUCAUUGGCAAGCGCGAAAUGGCCUAACUCAAGCUUUGUAAAAGGAGAAUAUCCCAUCAAAAUAGGCAACAAAACUAUCUUCAGUUUCAACUUGCUUAGGCUAAGUGGAAGAACUAUGUUUGUAAUCUUAGCAACCAUACUAGCAAUGGCAAUGCCCUUCUUCAAUGACAUUCUUGCGUUUCUUGGAUCACUCGGGUUUUGGCCAUUAACCGUGUAUUUCCCAGUCGAAAUGCACAUCGCGAAAACCAGGAUCAAACGGUUUUCAAUGAAGUGGUGCGUACUCCAACUUCUUAGCAUGCUUUGCUUGCUUGUAUCCUUGGCUGCAGCAGUUGGGUCAAUACAGGGAGUUGGUGAAGCUCUUCGUACCUCAAAGCCCUUCCAAUAUAAAGUAUGAAAUAGGAAGCUGAUUUUGUUUUGGGCCUUUUUUUCUUAAUGUUUGGCAAGUAUGAAAUGGGAGGUUGGUUGUGAAAUUAUAGUAGUUUGAAAUGUUUCAAGGUAAGAAGGCCAUUUCUUUUGUUCAGGAAGACAACAAAUUAUGAGAAUCAGCCACAUUGAUCACA